GUAACCGGACGCUCUUGUGUGUGUGUGUAGUGUGUGUAGUGUACAUUCGUUUGGUUCGCGAUACCAUAACGCGAUAUUUAUUGUAUCUUUAAAAUCGCAUCAAGUACUGUAGCGGUUGUGACUUGUGGUGUACGUGACUCGGGAAAUUUAUCAUAGCGCUGUUAGUGCGUGUUAUAAUAUAUAUAUAUAGGACGGGUUACGUUGUGCGAAUUGCGUGGAGUUUAUCGUCUGUGUUUUACGGAAUAGUUUGGCCGAUUGCUAAUCGCUUGAAACUUUUGAAAGUUCCUAAGUUAUACGCCAUGUGUGAUAAUGAGUUGGCGGUACUUUGACAGCCGACAAGCCGAACGGGUUGGGAACAAUUGGGUUUGAGUGUUGAAUAAUUGAUCGUAUAUGGAUUGGUAAAUAACCAUACUCGAUCGACAUGAACACGGUACAGAGCUCUGGAGGAGGUGGCGGCGGCGGAAGCAGCAAGGACAAAGGACUAGAGGAGUUGGUCGUGAUCACGCCAAAUGAGAGAAACUGGCGAGGCAUACUUAUUGCUUUGUUGGUCAUCAUAGCCGUAUUAGGCUUGAUUAUAUUCUUCAUCGUUCUACUGUCACCGCCAUAUCAAGGACCCAGAAACCUAGGCAGUAAGUUUACUGUCGAGCAGAUCGUAGGGGACACGUUCAAAGCACCGCCAUUCAACGGGUCUUGGAUUUCAAACGUCGAGCUCGUGAUUCGAGACACUCACGGUGGCGUCAGUGUUUACAACGUCGAAACCAACAAGCACAGGGUACUACUCACCAGUUCUUCGUUUAAACGCGUCAACGCCAUUGAUUUCCAAGUGUCAAGUGAUCAAAAUUUUGUACUGCUCGCGUCAGACGUUAAAAAAGUGCACACAAACACCCGAGAAGCCAAGUAUCACGUGUUCGAAGUAGCUACACAAAAUGGCGUGUCGCUUACGACCGUACCCAAGUCAAUGGACGACAACGACGCCAUUUUUGUGCAAAGGGUACAAUGGUCACCGACGGGCAAUGGACUUGUGUUUGUGCACAAGAACGACGUUUACUAUAAAAUGCAAGCAGCUCGAUCGGGCAAGAUCGUCAGGAUCACGUGGACCGGAUCAUCAAUAGUUUACAACGGAGUGCCGGAUUGGUUGUACCAAGAGGAGAUUUUCAAGUCGGACAAGGCGUUUUGGUUUUCACCGACCGGCCGGUACUUGGCGUUUGCGACGUUCAACGACACGCUGGUUGGCGAAUACAAAUAUCCUGUGUACAACACCAGGUCUCAGUAUCCGUACUACCAAUCGCUGCGUUAUCCCAAGACCGGCACGCCUAAUCCUGCGGUCACUGUUUGGCUGACGGACUUGCGAAACGGCAGCACGUUGGACUUGACGACAAUCAGCAAACCGCAAGCGUUGCAUUUGGAAAGUGAACCGUAUCUGAUGCACGUGAAAUGGGCCAGUGACCGGCUGAUGGCGGUCGUUUGGAUGAAUAGAAAACAAACCAUAAUGGUCAUAUCCGUGUGUUCCGAACCCAGCUGGGAAUGUCACGACUCAUACGUGGAAAGAAUCAACGACGGGUCCGGAUGGUUGGAAAGCACAGAUGUGAUAUUUAACAAAGAGGGCACCAGCUAUUUGGCUAUUCUUCCAGUGUUGGACGGUCAACACGGAACGUUCCCUCACGUCUGCGUCGUGGACAUAUUCACUCAAGUAAUGGUUCCCCUGACCAGCGGCCGUUUUUGUGUCGUCCGAAUCGUCCAAUGGGAUCAACAGAAUCAGCUAAUAUAUUUCGAAGCCAUACCCGAAGGAAAAGCUGCCCAACGCCAUCUGUACAAAGUGUCGGACAACUUGAACAGAUCAGUUAGCUGGGAGUGUUUAACGUGUCCGCCAGUGAGCGCUCCAAAAAACGAAACCAAAUCCAAUAUUUCCACAUCUUCCGAUAUCAGUGACUCCUUCCGACUCAGUCUCAGAGGGCUGGAAUCGGCAAAAAUCCCUCAGGACUCGUGGCCGGUCAGAACAAAUUCGUGUUUAUUCAUCCGGUCGCACUUCUCGGACUUUCCAAAUUCCAAAUAUUACGUCUUAGAAUGUUUAGGUCCUCAAGUUCCAAAAGUGAUUUUGAUGAACGUCCAUACAAAUCAAAAAGUGAUGACACUGAACAACUACACACAGUUAGCGGCCAAGUACUCUACAAUGGCUAAGCCAAACAUCCAAAUCAUGCAGGUGGAAAUCGAAAACGGUUACAUUGCCCAGACGAAGCUCAUGUUGCCGCCGGCCUUCAAAGAGUAUGAUGAAACUGCGUUUCCGUUCAUUUUAUACGUGAAGGGGAAGCCCGGGACACAAUCGGUGACCGAAGAGUGGUCGGUCGACUGGGCAACGUACUUAAGUAGCAACCGGAAUAUCAUCAUAGCCACGAUAGACGGUCGCGGUACUUCGGGCCAGGGCGACAGGACCAGACAGUCCAUAUUUUACAAGCUAGGCAUCAUGGACAUCCAGGAUCAGUUGUCCGUUCUACUAUAUCUCAGAGACACUUUGAAGUUUAUCGACAGGGAUCGCAUUGGGAUCUGGGGAAAAGGAUACGGUGGAUACGCCACCGGAAUGAUGUUGGCCAAACAACCGGCCAUAUUCAGAUGUGCGAUAGCCACGUCUCCGGUUACGAACUGGGCACAUUUCGAUUCUGCUUGGACCGAGAAGUUUAUGAGCACUCCGAACGUGACGGACAACUACCGAGGAUACGAGGAAUCCGACUUGAACCGAAGAGCCAAAUAUCUGAAAGACAAGCUAUUGUUACUGAUACACGGCAGCGCCGACGAAACGGUCCACUAUCAACACAGUAUGAUGCUAAUAAAAGCUUUGACUGAAAGCGGAAUAAUGUUCAGACAUCAGACUUAUCCGGACGAAGGGCAUGACUUUGACGGCGCCAUAAGGCACUUAUUCCUCUCGAUGGAGCACUUUUGGGACGAGUGCUUUGGGCCAAUUGACUUCGACGACUGGGACGAGAGCCUGAGUUUUUUCACGUUCACCCAAUAACCAUCACUUUUGAAUUCUUACUCCGCUCCUGCGUUAGACAGUGGGGUAAAAAUUCAAAAGACACAUAAAAAACAAAUACCACAGGGUGAUUAAAAUCAUUUUUGUACGUGCGCGACAUUAGUAUUGGCCAUAGCCCACAGUCGACGUAAGUACAACAAGUACACCUGCAAGUUUUGACAAUCUGUUGAAAAAAAAGGCAGUGCUUUUGUAUUUUGAGCUGGCCGUAAUAAUAUCAUGUUUAGCACACUAUUUAAAUGAUUCGUGUAAAUAUACUAUAUCGUUGUUAAUGUAAUAUUAUAUAAAUAAGCUAACGGCAAGUCCUAUAUGUUUGCCACUUAAAUCGUCGAAACUACAGUUAAUUAAUUUUACAAACAAGAACCGUACAAUGUCAUAAGGGACUACUUAAAAUAGUUUUGCUGAAAAAACAAAAACGGCUUUGGUCUAGUUUUUUUAACGUUUAUAGCGAACAAACGUAUUAGGAUGGCACGAGUAUAAAUAAAAAAUAAAUAUUCAUAAGAAACUAUAAUUUAUAAACUUGAUUUGUCGCGUGUUCAUUAUUUAGUUUAUAGAAUUAAAUAUUAUCAGAAACGAUUGCGAUAUCACCUAAACAUGUACAAACUGUUAGCAAAAGUGUACAGAGCGUCAUCAAACUAGUACAGUUUUGCUAAUAGUUAAAAUGUUAUUUACAAUAAUAAUUGUUAUGAAAUGAAGUAUAAUAAUUCAAAGUCGUUCGAAACUAAUGUUGUUGUCCAUAUUGUUAAUGUGUAUAUUAUUAUUUUGUUUGUGUUUGUGUAUGUGUUUGUUACGUGUUAAGUAUUUAUAAGUGUUUUUGUGUUAACCCCAAAUUAGACAUGGAAAAAUAUCGGUGUUUGGAAAAAAUUGCAUGCUUUUUAAGUAGCAUGCUACUGCCAAUCCAAAUAAACGCCACUCUGAAAAAACCUGCUUUUAAAAAAAUUGUAUAACAACUUCAAUCACCUAGUGUCUUUAAACCUAGGUAUCAUAAUGAUUUUUCGUUUCUAGUCAAUUAAAAAAAAAACAACUGUUAUCAUUAUUGUGUACUUAUAUAUUUUUUUUUUUAAUGCAUUCCAUUUAAAAGUGAAUUCUGUGAAUGCAGUGAUAAUACUCUUUUAGAUUUCUGAAUGUGAAUGUUACUUUUACUCAUGAUCCAAACACUGAGAAACAUCCAUCUUUUUUGGUUAUCAAUAAAACCGUCGAAUGCCCCAUUAUGUUCAAUUUUAUGAAAUAAGAUUUUAUUUUUGUACAUCAACAAUUUUUUUAACGUUUCAUUAAUAUAACUUUAUUUGUUUUUUUAUAAUCCAUUACAAUGAAAUUUGGUUUUAAUAUUUUUUCGUAUUGUACCAUAAAAUAUUAUGUACAUGAGUAUAAGCAUAAAGGUAAAUCCAGACUGUUUAAAAUUGUUUCUGUAUGGUUGACAUCUCAAAUUUUAAUUUGACGGUCUACACAUUAAACAAAAUAUUAUGUACCUAGCUUAGUUGUUGUUAACUAAUGUUGUGGUCCUUAUAAAUUUAUAACGCACUGGUUAAAGUUAAAAAUAUUAUCACUAAAAUAUUACACUUUAUCAAACAAAUAUAAAAGCCAAUGAUUUGUGAAAGUAUUCUACUCUUUAAAAAAUUUUACAAAUAUCGUUUUUAUAAUUCGUUUAAGACUUGAACAAGUUACACAGUAUUUGACAGUGUAAUUCCUGUCCGUUUGGAUCAAAUGUUAUUGCGGUUAUAUUUAUUAUUAUUUAUUUAUUGUUAUUUUAAUUAUUUAUAUUAUUAUACUUUAUCAUUUAUAUUUAUUGUUAUUAUUGUUAUUACUAUUAUUAUAUUUAGUUAAGUUAUGCUUUUUGUCGAUUACUCAUACAUUUACUUUCCUAUCUAAAUUGUUGUUAUGUUUGUAAAUUAUUUUUAUUUAUGUGAUCUCUUAGUGGACAUAAUAUUCUGAUUUGUUUUAAGAAUUCGGCUGUGUUUUUAUUAUGAUUAUUAAUAAUAAUAUAAUAUUAUAGUUUUUUUUUAUUCCUAGCGUGUAUUGUAUUGUAUUGUAUUGUGUUGUGUUGUGUUGUGUUGUUUGAUAAUAUUUAUUUAAGCCCAAAGUACCAAAGUCCGUCCAAAAUAUGAUAGUUAUAUUUAAUUACUCGUCUGAACGGUUAGGUUCAACGUUUAUGAAGUAUAACAAUAUUAGAGCCUUAAGUAUAUAUGUACAUAAUUUGCCAUUACCUAUAAUAUUAUCGACAUAUGAUUAUAUUUCAUCGCUUUGAAGUAGAAAUUUGUUCAUAACAGUACCGUUUAUUGUUUUAAUUAAUUAUGCUAAAUGACAUAUCAAUAAUUCAUUCGAGCCUCUUCUAAAUAAAAUAGGUCUCUAAUCGCACUAUUGUUGCUAAUAACUAUAUUAUUGGGGAAAAAAAUAUAUCAAUUAAUUUUCUAUUGUUGCGCUUUAAACUAUGUAAGUCGACAAUAUAACGUUGCUUUCUCGUUAUUAACGUUGUCAUAAUAAGUAUACGCCUUUUGUUUCUCUAAUUGGAUUAGAUAUAAUAUAUUUUGUCGAAGAAUUCUGUCUUUCGGUCAACAAUUUGUGUUUUGACUAACUAGAGUAGGUGAAACCCACACGCAUGACGAAAUUAAUAUGACUGUAUGGUUAUUAAAUUCGAUAGUAUUGUUUAAAAUUUUUCUUAAGUUCCUACAGAAUUUUUGUUUUGAAAACUCGAGGAUAUUUGUAUUUUAUUAUUAUAAAUAAAUAAAACGCAUCUC